ACCUAUAAAUAAUUUAAAACCGUGGGCGGGCUCUUUGCUUAUUGAUAAGGCGAUUGAUUAGAUAACAAAGAGUUAGUUUAGUUAUUUAAACUUUAAAGAUUCGUCAGAUUUAUCAUCUUCGUCGCAUAACAAUAAUAUUAUAAUAUACGCGGCUGUUGUUUAUUGUUGUUGUUUUUACUUGUUGUUGAUGUUGAUAUCUGCUCUGAACCAAGAUUACGGCUUACGAUUCCGCGGUAGGGUAGACGCGCGACACGCCAAAGUGUAUUGACCACCUUCUAAUUACUUAGUAAGUCCAUUCAUCGCCGUCGUUAUUAUUGUCGUUCGUCGCGAUUUCGGAGUAUACCAUAAAUCGCGUACCCCGCAGGAUGACUCGGAGUUAGUUUGCCGACCACGGCCGCCGCAGCCGAUGGUCUUCGUCUUUGACGGGGGUGUGGUAGUGUUGGUGCGGCAGCCGCAGUCGGUGUCUGUUCAAAGUGAGAACGCUACCGUCGCCUUCGGGUAUUCGUUAAUAUCGCGGUCGCCAUGUCCUCCGAGAAGCAGCCGUGCACCUAUCAGCAGACGCGGUUUCACCGGUUCCACGGUUACAACCUGAGUCUGCACGACCAGGACACGGUGGCCCACCGGGAGAUGAGCUUCGCCAACGCCAUAGUGUUCAGCGAACGGUCGCUGUCGCCGGGUGAGGUGUUCCUCAUCGAGAUCGAGAGCAGCGAGAACGGCUGGUCUGGACACAUACGGUUAGGCCUGACGCAGCUCGACCCGGACGCGUUGCAGCGCAGCGGCCAUUUGCUGCCCCAGUGCGCCAUACCGGACAUGGUGUCCAACAAGACGAUGGGCGAGUCGUGGAUAUGUGCACUGACCAAACACCAGGCCUGGUACGACGCCAACUAUCUGACCAACUACUUUCGGUUGGACGGUAAUCAUGUAUUCACGUCCCGGGGCACGUUCCCGACCAGCAUUUUGAAGUCGUCGCGUGAUGACAAAAUGGAUAUCCUGCCGACGGACGUGGGCAGUCGGGUCGGGGUACUGUACUUGCCCUGUGGUCAGAACAUGGCCGUCAUGCAUUUCAUUAUCAACGGGGAGUUUGUCGUACCACUUUCGAGGACCAUACCUUAUAACGAUGGUCCUAUCAGAGCAGUCAUUGAUGUGUACGGUGCCACUAAACGAGUCCGUGUCAUACAAGUAUACAAUGUGAACUCGUUGCAGAGUGCGUGCAGAGAGACUAUUCUGAAAAACAUCGAAGCAGCAUCUGUAUCAAAAUUACCAUUACCCAACGCUCUUAAAGAGUAUCUCCUAUAUAAGACUUAAUCGGUGAUUACAUUUCUAAGUUUAUAACCUUAAUCUUAGUUUUCAAGCUAUAAUUGUAUUUAUUUUUUACCAUUAUGUAAGUUUUAUAAUUUAUUAUAAUUUUUAUUGUUUUUAUUUUGUGCCUGGAGAACAUAAUAUGAUGU